GAAGACAAAAUGGCGGCCAUUGGAAUGAAUGAGGAUAAAUGGUACUUUACCAAAGAGCAACUAGAGAAUACCCCUUCAAGAAGAGCUGGAAUACCGGCAGAUAAAGAACUGAGCUACAGGCAACAAGCUGCCACACUAAUACAAGAUAUGGGCCAGCGACUGUCUGUUUCUCAGCUGACUAUAAACACGUCUAUUGUCUAUAUGCAUCGUUUUUAUAUGUUUUAUCCCUUUACCAGAUUUCAUCGCCAUGCUAUGGCCCCUUGUUGUCUAUUUCUCUCAGCCAAAGUUGAAGAACAACCCCGUAAGUUGGAACACGUAAUUAGAGUUGCCCAUGCAUGUUUACAUCGAGGUGCACCACCUUUGGAUACCAAUAGUGAGGAGUAUUUACAGCAAGCUCAAGAUCUUAUUGAAAAUGAAAGUAUUUUACUUCAAUCUUUAGGUUUUGAGGUUACUGUUCAUCAUCCACACACCUAUGUAGUUAAAGCUAUCCAGUUAGUCAGAGCAAGCAAGGACCUUGGUCAAGCAUCCUAUUUCAUGGCUACAAACAGCUUGCACCUAACAACAUUAUGCUUACAAUACAAGCCAACAGUUGUUGCUUGUGCUUGCAUCCACUUGGCAUGCAAAUGGUGCAGCUAUGAGAUUCCUCCAUCAAAUGACAAUAAACACUGGUGGGAGUACAUGCAUGCUGAUGUCACUAGAGAAUUACUUGAUGAUAUAGCACAAGAAUUUAUCAAUAUAAUUGAAAAAUGUCCAAGUAAAUUAAAGAGAAAAAUCAACUCUAUCACUAUAGGAUCAAAUACAAUUCCAAGACCUCUAAGAACCAAUGAUGGGCCAGGAUUAUCAAAAUCACAUGAUAGCUAUGAUAGUAAUAAUGAUAGUAUAGUAAAUGACAUUAGUAAAAAAAUUAAGGAUAUUAGCAAGAAUGACAAACACACAAGAGAGAUCAAAAAAGAUAAACAAGAAGAGAACAAUCACAUGGAGGUUAAUAGUACCAUUACAUCAGAAGGAGCUAGUGUAGCUACGUCAACCACUGUUGUCACUCUUCCAGUACUACCUCCUUUAACCACUAAAUAUGCUGCUGCUACUACAACAGCUAGUCAGACAAAAUCUGAAGURUCAACUACCAGUACUCAAAGGAGUUCUACCAAUACAACAGUGUCUUCAGGCUCCAAACAUAAACACCGUUCUCAUGAAGAAGGAACUCCUUCAAAGAAACAUAAGUCUUCACAUCAUUCAUCUAGAUCACAUUCAGCCCAUAAAAGGACAUCAUCUUCACAUUCAUCAGAUUCUUCAUCACCAGGAGUAAAGCAUCAUGGUAAACCCAGCCAUAGYUCAUCACAUAAAAGUUCCAGUCAUUCAAAACAACACCACUCAAUAAGUCAUAAGGUCCAUCAAAACCAACACCAUGCUAAAUUAAUUCCUCCGUCACCUACUCUUGGACUAUUAGACAAGUCAAGACUUAGUUCUAAACCACCAGUACCCCCUGCAGAGAAGGAUGUUCUACCACCACCACCCCCACCUCCUCCACCCCCACCAUCUGAUGUACAACCUUUGUAUGUAGGGGGGUAUGCCGGGUUCAAUGUAGGUGGGAGGCAAAAGUCAUUACCCCCACCCCCACCUCCAGAACCAGAACCAAAAUCUCCGCCACCUCCACCCCCUCCGCCCUUUUGAUGUAUGAAUUAUAAAAUUAUGCACAAAGAAAACUAAUAAUACUGUUGCURUCAAUCAUAUGAAGUCCACAUCUCUAUUCAUGUUGAAAUAAUAGACUUUACUGGUAUUGUUGAUUUCUUGAAAGUUGUAAUGCUGCUAUUUAUCAUAUUGUUACUGAGAUUCCUGGAAUGGAAUGAAUUUUUAUGACAAGAAUAUUAAUAAUGUUGGAACUACUUUUAAGUAGACAGACUGGAAUAAAUGUAUUUUUUUAUAAUUAUGUUAUCAUUGUGAACAUUAGUCUUGAUGAUUUUUA